UCGCGACAGAGCCUCACAAGUCCGGUGGAUCCUUGGUACGCGCCUAAAAUACAGAGAGUUGGUAUACGCAAGGGUUUUGACGCUCUUCACUAAACAAACAACUGUUUGACCGCUAGACUGUUCUCAGUAUAACUGUCAUCAGGCACCAUGGCCAACAACCUCCGUCGUCGUUUCCAAGCAACAUGCCUGGUUCUCCUCAUAUUACAAGCAACCAUCAACACGGGAGCCGUCGGUGAAAAGUUCUGCGACAACGACUUCCACUUGGCCGUCUAUCAGACCUGUUCAACCCACAAGCGGGGUGAUGGUGAGCCGGUGCUUAGCCUGAAAGACGUAUUGACAGGGAGCCGCUUGCGAGGUAAUAUCAAACGGAGCUUCGGAUCUACAUUGGAGGACGAAGCCUUUUUCGCGAGCAGACUGGUGAAGAGGUCUGAAUACGACGGCAUUGCCUCUUAUUGUUGCAUACACGGAUGUACACCGAGCGAGUUGGCUGUCGUCUGCUAAACCCACGUGGACAAAUGGACAACUAUCAAAGUUAACAAAAUCCGGCAAGGGCAGGACUUUCUGUCAUAAUUAUCCAGAGGAAUAAUUGGAACAUUGUUUCUGGCUGCUAACAAACUGGAACCAUAAAAACUCGAAUACGUGUACUCAAGUUACUCUUUAAUGUGCUUCUUUGGCACUUUGCAUCGUCGCGCCUAAAUUUAUCAUUUUUUAAGACAGACAAAAGGCUACCUAUAGUGGCAAUGACGUAAGCACCGAGUGGCACCUUGACGGCCUACGCGACUCCUUGCAAUUUGACCGGAUGAAAUUGUAAAAAUGCCAUGCCUUUGAAUAACAAAGCCAGUGUCGAGACGAUAUAUUAAGCAAGCUUAGAUGUUUAUUUAUAGUUAAGGGCAUCCGUAGUUUAUUCUAUAAUUCUUCUUUUUUACUUAGAGAGGGAGGGCCAGUGAGGGGGGAAAGUGGAUAAUUGGUAACAAAAUAUUGUGCUUUCUAUAUAAUAAUUCAAUUUUUUUCUCGGCAAGAAAUUUCAGACAGGAUCGAUGGAAAGUUUCCCUCGAUCAGAGCAAAAAAGGGUCGGUCGGAAAUGGGAACCAUGGAAUUAACUAUACAGACCCCUUAAUGGCGAGCAUGGUCCGUUUCUUAGUUCGUAAGGCAGUGGGUACAUUAUCUCCGUUGAGCAGGUCUACUUUGACUUCUCUCGAAAGCUUUCAGCAACAACGGUCAAGAACUUUGGUUAUCUUCGAUUCUACAACACAAAGAGUGCAUAAGUUUGACCUAGACGACUACAAUCACUGGUGAGGAGAUAUUGGAAUGAAACAUGCCGAAAUGGUGUGAGGCAUGUAUAAACUUAUCUUUUGUGUGUACUGCACUUCAUAGCACUUUAAGUAGCGGGUAGUUCAAACACGUAAGCCACGAGCUAAGUUCAGCGCGUAUUAAAAGCCAUGUAAUAGUCUCAAUUUUCCUUGAUAUCUUUAUGACAGGAAAGGUAACUGGACCGCAGUUCGGGUCGUUUUUCGCACAAUAUUUACUUUUUGACUGCAUUUGUUCAUUCAAACUUUGUCAAUUUCUGAACGCAGCAAACCGUGACGAGUAAAAUGGGGCCAUUUUCUUAGCUUUCAAACAAAGUAAAUGAUGGUAGAGAACACAAAAUCAUAUUACUUACGAUAAGUUAUAAUAUGAUGUUAAAGCGCUGUCUCAUUUUCAAUGCUAGUCUGGUCUACUGCUUUUUAUUACGCGUCCAAUAAUGCUAUGCUUGUUUGAUUUUAAAGUUUGUACCGUAGCGUUGGAGAGUGCCAAACUGAUCGAAGUAUUUUAAUGGUGGUAUUUUUCUGCAUCUUUUUUUUUUCUUGAAGUAACUAAUAACAACAUUGUUUUAAACUUA